ACACAUGAAAGUGAAACACUUUGUUCAGGCUAGAAGAAGGAAGGCUUUGGUAAUUUAAAAAAACUCUAGUUUUACGGGAGGAGGGACGUUGAUGAUGCAAAUGGCUUUACGGUCCUUAGCUUCCAAAGCGGUUCGAUCAUCAUCAUCAUCUAGGGUUUUAUCAACAAACACUAGAUACAAUCUCAUUAAAUCCAUCCAUUCUACACCUGUGACGCCUGAGCCCUGUAUUGACAAAUUAACUGGACCCAGGGUUCAUAUUGCACAUCAUGCUCGCUUAUUUAUGCCUCCUCUUCACAACUCGGAGGAGACUUCACUUGCCUCUACCCUAGCGGCAUUACUUCCAGCCCUAUGCUUUGGAUUAAGUUUGACCCCUGUCUUGGCUGACGAUGCAUCCACAGAAGUAACUGCAACUGAUUCGAUUGGUUUACAGAAAAUUGAGGAUGGGUCAGUAGUAUCAAACAUACAUACAUCCAAGUGGAGGGUGUUCACCGACAGCGGAAGGGAUUUGUUUUUUCAGGGUAAAUUGGAGGAUGCCGAGAGGUUGUUUAUUGGUGCACUGGAAGAAGCUAGGCAAGGGUUUGGGGAAAGAGAUCCUCAUGUUGCCUCUGCAUGUAACAACCUGGCUGAGUUGUAUAGAGUUAAGAAGGCAUUUGAUAAAGCAGAACCGUUGUACUUGGAGGCAAUUAAUAUUCUUGAGGAAUCAUAUGGACUUGAAGACAUAAGGGUUGGGGCUGCGCUUCAUAAUCUAGGACAAUUUUAUCUUGUCCAAAAAAAAUUGGAUGGCGCUAGUGCUUGCUAUGAGCGUGCUCUAAAGAUAAAGAGGCGAGUUUUGGGAGAAGCUCAUGCUGACUACGCUGAGACCAUGUAUCAUCUAGGCAAGGUGCUACACCUUCAAGGGAAAGGGAAGGAUGCCGAAGCCCUCAUAAAGGAUUCUAUUCGGAUACUUGAGGAAGGUGGGCAAGGAGAAUCUUUCUUAUGCAUGAGGAGACUGCAGUAUCUUGUUCAGAUUUAUAUCAACUCCAGUAAUCUCACUGGUGCCGUUGACAUGCAGAGAAAGAUCCUGCAUACAAUGGAAGUUUCCAAGGGAUGGGAGUCUUUGGAGACUGUGAUUGCAGCCGAAAGGCUUGCACUGAUUCUUGAGUCAGCAGGGAGUUUGACGGAAGCAAAACUACUCCUACAAAGAUGUCUUGACUCCCGGAGAAAGCUACUUCGCGAUGACAAUAUUCAGAUAGCUGCCAACAUGCUUCACAUGGCUAGGGUGGAGCUUCUCCUAUGCAGCCAAACACGCGGGAAUAUUUCUGAAGCAACCGCAGUCGUUGACAACACAAAACAUCUUCUGGGCAAUGCAAUAAGGAUAGCUCGACAGGCUUUGGAUAAGUUGAUAAAGCAAGGAGCAAAUAGCAAGUCUAACCAAUUGUCAAAGACUGAUACGUACUCUGAGCGUACAGCGUUGCUUAUACUGUUGCAAGCUUUAAAUGCUUUGAGCCAACUGGAGGUUACUAAGGCUGAGUUACACGAGCCUGUGGAGAAAGAGACACUGAGAUAUCCAGAGGCCGAGAAAGCUCUUCUUGAUUGCAUUUCUGCUUAUAAACAGUAUGGAAUCCAGAGGUCGUUAUAUAACUUUGGUGAUAUAAAGGGCGAAUAUCUCUCGUGUUUGAAACAUCUUUCUGUUUUACUAACUCACUCGGAUAGCAAUGGGCUGAAGCAAUCAGGACGGCCUUCUUUGCAAGAGGUGUUGAACGAAAUCAAGCGGGUUGAAGGUGGACCCUCAUCGUCAAUGCCCAACAAAAAGCCUUAGCUCAAUAGUAUAUGCUUUACGUGCUAUAUAUAGCACCAUUUUUGGGUUUGGUGUAGUUUGUUACAUUGUCAUGCUUCUAAAUUUACCACACAAUGAAUGACUAUUUUACCACACAUGGUGAGGAGUGGCGGGUCCAGAAUUUUUUUACAUGUCACUAUUCAUAAAUGUGUGGUGAAUCAGCCACUAGAGGACCUGAAACGUAAAUAAAUAGCAACUGAAUGUACAUUUGCUAGUUAAAAAAAAGGGAAUGUGAUGUAUGGUAAACCAGUUAAAUCAAGAA